ACUCCAAGGCCAUAGUGGAUGGUAACCUGAAGCUGAUCCUAGAUCUCCAUAUUUCUAUAUUGCGGUUUCUCCUCCAGACUCCAAGGCCAUAGUGGAUGGUAACCUGAAGCUGAUCCUAGAUCUCCAUAUUUAUAUAUUGCGGUUUCUCCUCCAGACUCCAAGGCCAUAGUGGAUGGUAACCUGAAGCUGAUCCUAGGCAUGGUGUGGACUCUGAUCCUCCACUACUCCAUCUCCAUGCCCAUGUGGGACGAGGAGGAGGAGGGGGGCGACGGCCAGCAGAAGACCCCGAAACAGAGGCUUCUGGGAUGGAUCCAGAACAAGCUACCAGAGAUCCCCAUCCACAACUUCAGCAGAGACUGGCAGAGUGGCAGAGCACUGGGGGCACUGGUCGACAGCUGUGCUCCGGGUAGGUUAGGGGCCGGGGUUAGGGUUAGGGGCCUGGGUCAGAGGUUAGGGGUCGGGGUCAGAGGUUAGGGGCCGGGGUUAGGGUUAGGGGCCUGGGUCAGGGGUUAGGGCCGGGGUCAGGGUUAGGGGCCGGGGGUCAGGGGUUAGGGUUAGGGGCCGGGGUCAGGGGUUAGGGUUAGGGGCCUGGGUCAGGGGUUAGGGGCCGGGGUCAGGGGUUAGGGGCCGGGGUCAGGGGUUAGGGUUAGGGGCCGGGGUCAGGGGUUAGGGUUAGGGGCCUGGGUCAGGGGUUAGGGGCCGGGGUCAGGGGUUAGGGUUAGGGGCCUGGGUCAGGGGUUAGGGGCCGGGGUCAGGGGUUAGGGUUAGGGGCCUGGGUCAGGGGUUAGGGUUAGGGGCCGGGUCAGGGGUUAGGGUUAGGGGCCUGGGUCAGGGGUUAGGGUUAGGGGCCUGGGUCAGGGGUUAGGGUUAGGGGCCUGGGUCAGGGGUUAGGGGCCGGGGUCAGAGACUGGUCGACAGCUGUGCUCCAGGUAGGUUAGGGGUCGGGGUCAGGGGGCUGGUUUCAUAGACCCAGAUAAGCAUUGUCCUUUUUAGAAACAGUUUGUGUGUUGAAGUUUAAAUAAGGUGUUUCAAGCCUGUGUUGUGUUCUAGGCCUGUGCCCUGACUGGGACCAGUGGGAUCAGACUAAACCAGUGGACAACGCCCGGGAGGCCAUGCAGCAGGCUGACGACUGGCUGGGGAUCCCUCAGGUGCGCUAGCUACGCUAACAUCACAUUGUUCUCUAUGGAAUCAUGCUAACCCAUCGUCUCUAGGUGACACUGAGUACAGUCAGCUUCAUGGCGUUAGCCUAAUAUUUGUGUGCAGUGCUGAGUUGGCAUGUGGGCAGGUUUAACGUGUUGGCAUGGCAGAUCUGGGGAAGUUGGUACUCUGCUCUGUGCUGCCAGUUGUCUCUGUGGUUGGGGUUUCCUCCCUCAGUGGACCAGUUCUCAGAACAACACUAUCUUCCUGUCUGGCUCUGUGGCUUGUGUGCGUGUGUGUAGAUGUUUUGUGCAGCUUGAGGUUGUCUGAGGUAGUGGUUAGGAUAGUUAAAUCACGCUACCCUCUGCUGUGUGUGUGUGUGUGUGUGUGUGUCUAAACAGUGUGUGCCGUCUGGUUUCCUAGGUGAUAACCCCAGAGGAGAUUGUUGACCCCAAUGUAGAUGAACAUUCCGUGAUGACCUACCUGUCCCAGUUCCCCAAGUCCAAACUGAAGCCUGGCGCACCCCUCCGCCCCAAACUGAACCCCAAGAAGGCCCGUGCAUACGGACCAGGUACACACACACACCCCUCCGCCCCAAACUGAACCCCAAGAAGGCCCGUCGCAUACGGACCAGGUACACACACACACCCCUCCGCCCCAAACUGAACCCCAAGAAGGCCCUGCCAUACGGACCAGGUAACACACCCCCCCCCCCCCCCAACCGCCAUACGGACCAGUACAACACCACACCCCUCCGCCCCAAACUGAACCCCAAGAAGGCCCGCGCAUACGGACCAGGUACACACACACACCCCUCCGCCCCAAACUGAACCCCAAGAAGGCCCGCGCAUACGGACCAGGUACACACACCCCUCCGCCCCAAACUGAACCCCAAGAAGGCCCGCGCAUACGGACCAGGUACACACACACACCCCUCCGCCCCAAACUGAACCCCAAGAAGGCCCGCGCAUACGGACCAGGUACCACAACACACCCCUCCGCCCCAAACUGAACCCCAAGAAGGCCCGCGCAUACGGACCAGGUACACACACACACACCCUCCGCCCCAAACUGAACCCCAAGAAGGCCCGCGCAUACGGACCAGGUACACACACACACACCCUCCGCCCCAAACUGAACCCCAAGAAGGCCCGCGCAUACGGACCAGGUACACACACACACACCCCUCCGCCCCAAACUGAACCCCAAGAAGGCCCGCGCAUACGGACCAGGUACCACACACACACCCCUCCGCCCCAAACUGAACCCCAAGAAGGCCCGCGCAUACGGACCAGGUACACACACACCCCCUCCGCCCCAAACUGAACCCCAAGAAGGCCGCGCAUACGGACCAGGUACACACACACACCCCCCGCCAACUAACCAAAAGCCCAUACGACCAGGUACACACACACACACCCUCCCCCCAAACUGAACCCCAAGAAGGCCCGUGCAUACGGACCAGGUACACACACACACCCCUCCGCCCCAAACUGAACCCCAAGAAGGCCCGCGCAUACGGACCAGGUACACACACACACACCCCUCCGCCCCAAACUGAACCCCAAGAAGGCCCGCGCAUACGGACCAGGUACACACACACACCCCUCCGCCCCAAACUGAACCCCAAGAAGGCCGCGCAUACGGACCAGGUACACACACACACACCCCUCCGCCCAAACUGAACCCCAAGAAGGCCCGUGCAUACGGACCAGGUACACACACACACACCCCUCCGCCCCAAACUGAACCCCAAGAAGGCCCCGGCAUACGGACCAGGUACACACACACACACCCCUCCGCCCCAAACUGAACCCCAAGAAGGCCCGUGCAUACGGACCAGGUACACACACACACACCCCUCCGCCCCAAACUGAACCCCAAGAAGGCCCGCCAUACGGACCAGGUACACACACCACCCCCCCCGCCCCAAACUGAACCCAAGACAGGUCACCCCGCCCCCGCAUACGGACCAGGUACACACACCACACCCCCCGCCCCAAACUAACCCCAAGAAGCCGUCAUACGGACCAGGUACACACACAACACCCCCGCCCCAACUGAACCCCAAAAGGCCCGUGCAUACGGACCAGUCCUACACACACACACCCCUCCUCCCCACCUAACCCCAUGAUUCCCGCUGUCAUACGACCAGUACACCAACCCCUCGCCCCUACUCCCCAAAAGCCCUGCUUCCUCACCCCGCUCCCUCCCCCAAGUUCCCCCUGUCCUCUCUCCACCAUAAAGUCUCCCCCCCCGUCCCUCUCCUCACCUAAAUGUUCACGUCCCCCCUCCACCAAAUGUUCCUGUCCUCCCCACCCUACUCAUACGCCGUCACUCUCACACACCUAAAUUCCCCCCGACUCUCUCUCACCUAAAUGUUUUCCCCUGUCUCUCUCUCACCUAAAUGUUUUCCCCUGUCUCUCUCUCACCUAAAUGUUUUCCCCUGUCUCUCUCUCACCUAAAUGUUUUCCCCUGUCUCUCUCUCUCACCUAAAUGUUUUCCUGUCUCUCUCUCCACCUCACCUAAAUGUUUUCCUGUCUCUCUCUCACCUAAAUGUUUUCCCCUGUCUCUCUCUCACCUAAAUGUUUUCCCCUGUCUCUCUCUCACCUAAAUGUUUUCCCCUGUCUCUCUCUCUCUCACCUAAAUGUUUUCCCCUGUCUCUCUCUCUCUCACCUAAAUGUUUUCCCCUGUCUCUCUCUCUCACCUAAAUGUUUUCCCCUGUCUCUCUCUCUCACCUAAAUGUUUUCCCUGUCUCUCUCUCUCACCUAAAUGUUUUCCCCUGUCUCUCUCUCUCACCUAAAUGUUUUCCUCUGUCUCUCUCUCACCUAAAUGUUUUCCCCUGUCUCUCUCUCUCACCUAAAUGUUUUCCUCUGUCUCUCUCUCUCACCUAAAUGUUUUCCUCUGUCUCUCCUCUUGCUCUCGUUCUCUCUAGGUAUAGAGCCAGUAGGUAACGUUGUGAUGAAGAAGGCGGUGUUUACAGUGGAGACCAUCAGUGCUGGGAUGGGAGAGGUCCUGGUGUAUGUAGAGGACCCUGCUGGACACAGAGAGGAGGUACACAUACAUGCACAGACCACAUACACCACAUAACAGAAUUGUGGACUCGUCACAAAUUUGACUUGACUCGACUUUCUAGAAAAUAUGGAGCCUCAAGACUCAGGACUUGACUGUCUUGAGACUGAUGUCUUCAAAUUAUCUGGCCAGGUUUUGUAACGUUUUGUCCCUCAUUUUGUGGCUCAGUCUCUACACAGCCAGAGACAGUAGGAGCAAUCUCUUGUAUAGAUUUAGUUUUUACUUGAAAAAACGUAUGACUUGUUCUUUGAAUGCACAACUUUGACUCGACCCGUUCUACUUGGUGACUUGGUCCCACCUCUGCCACACACACACAAACAAACCACAUACAGAUAAUGUCUUCCCCUGAUGUCUCUGUGUGACAUUCUUGCUCACGCUCUCUCUCUCUGUGACAUCUCACGCUCUCUCUCUCUGUGACAUCUCACGCUCUCUCUCUCUGUGACAUCUCACGCUCUCUCUCUCUGUGACAUCUCACGCUCUAUCUCUCUGUGACAUCUCACGCUCUGUCUGUCUGUCUGUCUGAUCCAAGAUGGCGUAGCAGUGUGGUCGUGUAAAUAGCCUGUUCUUAGUUGUUUUGUCUUGUUGUAUAUAUUAUGUAUAUAUUUCCCUAUCAGACACUUUUCAUCCUUCUACUAAAUAUACUUUCCUGCAACCCGCCUCACUCAAUGUGGAACGGAUUCUAUUAUUGACUUACCUUUUAUCUAGAAUCUCCAGUUGAAACUAGCUAGCCAGCUAACUAGCUACUUGCUAUUAGCCACCAUUAGCGGUUUUCACCCAGAACAUCGGAUUUUCUGCCGGAAUAACUGAAUCACUGGACCUUAACACCGGAUCGCAACUAGCUAGCCGCAACAUAAUGGAUGUUGCUGUUGGCUAAUCACCACUGGCCCCGAAGCAAGCACCAGUUAGCCUUGAGCUAGCCUCGAGCCUAGAAGACCAGUUCUUAAAGCCUUUAGCGGUAUCCUUAUUCUAGUCCUCCUCUGUUCCUCUGGUGAUGUAGAGGCUAACCCAGGCCCUGCAGCCCCCAGUAUCACUCCUACUCCCCAGGAGCUAUCAUUUGUUGACUUCUGUAACCGUAAAAGCCUUGGUUUUUUGCAUGUUAACAUCAGAAGCCUCCUCCCUAAGUUUGAGUUAUUCACUGCGUUAGCACACUCCGCCAACCCUGAUGUUCUAGCAGUGUCUGAAUCCUGGCUUAGGAAGGCCACCAAAAAUUCUGAAAUUUCCAUCCCCAACUAUAACAUUUUCCGUCUAGAUAGAACUGCCAAAGGGGGUGGAGUUGCAAUCUACUGUAGGAGUCUGUGCCCAGGUCUGUGCCCAAACAGUUUGAGCUUCUACUUCUUAAAAUCCACCUUUCCAGAAAUAAGUCUCUCACUGUUGCCGCUUGCUACAGACCCCCCUCAGCCCCCAGCUGUGCCCUGGACACCAUAUGUGAAUUUAUUGCCCCCCAUCUAUCCUCAGAGUUCGUACUGCUUGGUGACCUAAACUGGGAUAUGCUUAACACCCCGGCCAACCUACAAUCUAAACUAGAUGCCCUCAAUCUCACACAAAUUAUCAAGGAACCUACCAGGUACAACCCUAAAUCCGUAAACAUGGGCACCCUCAUAGAUAUCAUCCUGACUAACUUACCCUCUAAAUACACCUCUGCUGUCUUCAUCUCAGCGAUCACUGCCUUAUUGCCUGCGUCCGUAACGGGUCCGCGGUCAAACGACCACCCCUCAUCACUGUCAAACGCUCCCUAAAACACUUUAGCGAGCAGGCCUUCCUAAUUGACCUGGCCCAGGUAUCCUGGAUGGAUAUCGAUCUCAUUCCGUCAGUAGAGGAUGCCUGGUUGUUCUUUUAAAAGUGCUUUCCUCUCAAUCUUAAAUAAGCAUGCCCCAUUCAAAAAAUUCAGAACUAAGAACAGAUAUAGCCCCUGGUUCUCCUCAGACUUGACUGCCCUUGACCAGCACAAAAACAUCCUGUGGCAUACUGCAUUAGCAUCGAAUAGCCCCCGCGAUAUGCAACUUUUCAGGGAAGUUAGGAAGCAAAGGCUAGCUUUUUCAAACAGAAAUUUGCAUCCUAUAGCACUAACUCCAAAAAGUUUUGGGACACUGUAAAGUCCAUGGAGAAUAAGAGCACCUCCUCCCAGCUGCCCACUGCUGAGGCUAGGAAACACUAUCACCACCGAUAAAUCUACAAUAAUCGAAAAUUUCAACAAGCAUUUUGCUACGGCUGGCCAUGCUUUCCACCUGGCUACCACUACCCCGGCCACCAGCUCUGCACCCUCCGCUGCAACUUGCCCAUGCCCCCCCCCCGCUUCAACUUCACACAAAUUCAGACAGCUAAUGUUCUGAAAGAGCUGCAAAAUCUGGACCCCUACAAAUCAUCUUGGCUAGACAAUCUGGACCCUUUCUAAAAUUAGCCGCCGAAAUUGUCGCAACCCCUAUUACUAGCCUGUUCAACCUCCUCUUUCGUAACGUCUGAGAUCCCCAGAGAUUGGAAAGCUGCUGCGGUCAUCCCCCUCUUCAAAGGGGGUGACACUCUAGAUCCAAACUGUUACAGACCUAUAUCCUUCCUGCCCUGCCUUUCGAAAGUAUUUGAAAGCCAAGUUAACAAACAGAUCAUAGACCAUUUCGAAUCCCACCGUACCUUCUCCGCUAUGUAAUCCGGUUUCCGAGCUGGUCAUGGGUGCACCUCAGCCACGCUCAAGGUCCUAAACGAUAUUAUAACUGCGAUCGAUAAUAGACAGUACUGUGCAGCAGUCUUCAUCGACCUGGCCAAGGCUUUCGACUCUGUCAACCACCGCAUUCUUAUUGGCAGACUAAAUAGCCUUGGUUUCUCAAAUGACUGCCUCGCCUGGUUCACCAACUACUUCUGAGAUAGAGUUCAAUGUGUCAAAUCGGAGGGCCUGUUGUCUGGACCUAUGGCAGUCUCUAUGGGGGUGGCACAGGGUUCAAUUCUUGGGCCGACUCUAUCAAUGAUGUUGCUCUUGCUGCUGGUGACUCUCAGAUCCACCUCUACGCAGACGACACCAUUUUGUAUACAUCUGGCCCUUCAUUGGACACUGUGUUAACAAACCUCCAAACAAGCUUCAAUGCCAUACAACACUCCUUCCGUAGCCUCCAACUGCUCUUAAACACUAGUAAAACUAAAUGCAUGCUCUUCAACCGAACGCUGCUUGCACCCGCCCACCCGACUAGAAUCACUACUCUCGGCGGGUCUGACCUAGAGUAUGUGGACAACUACAAAUACCUAGGUGUCUGGUUAGACUGUAAACUCUCCUUCCAGACUCACAUUAAGCAUCUCCAAUCCAAAGUUAAAUCUAGAAUCGGCUUCCUAUUUCGCAACAAAGCCUCCUUCACUCAUGCUGCUAAACAUACCCUCGUAAAACUGACUUUCCUACCGAUCCUUGACUUCGGCGAUGUCAUUUACAAAAUAGCCUCCAACACUCUACUGAGCUAAUUGGAUGUAGUCUAUCACAGUGCCAUCCGUUUUGUCUCCAAAGCCCCAUAUACUACCCACCACUGUGACCUGUACGCUCUUGUUGGCUGGUCCUCACUACAUAUUCCUUGCCAAACUCACUGGCUCCAGGUCAUCUAUAAAUCACUGCUGGGCAAAUCCCCGCCUUAUCUUAGCUCAUUGGUCACCAUAGCAGCACCCACCCGUAGUAUGUGCUCCAGCAGGUAUAUCUCACUGGUCAUCCCCAAAGCCAACACCUCCUUUGGCCGCCAUUCCUUCCAGUUCUCUGCUGCCAAUGACUGGAACGAAUUGCAAAAAUCUCUGAAGUUGAAGACACUUAUCUCCCUCUCUAACUUUAAGCAUCAGUCAGAGCAGCUUACCGAUCACUGCACCUGUACACAGCCCCAUCUGAAAUUAGCCCACCCAACUACCUCAUCCCCAUAUUGUUAUUUAUUUUGCUCAUUUGCACCCCAGUAUCUCUAUUUGCACAUCAUCUCUUGCACAUCUAUCAUUCCAGUGUUAAUACUAAUUGUAAUUAUUUUGCACUAUGGCCUAUUUAUUGCCUUACCUCCAUAACUUGCUACAUUUGCACACACUGUAUAUAUAUUUUCUGUUGUAUUUUAUGACCUUAUGUUUUUUUUACCCCAUAUGUAACUCUGUGUUGUUUUUAUCGCACUGCUUUGCUUUAUCUUGGCCAGGUCGCAGUUGUAAAUGAGAACUUGUUCUCAACUGGCUUACCUGGUUAAAUAAAGGUGAAAUAAAUACAAUAAAAAUCUCACGCUCUCUCUCUGUGACGUCUCUCUCUCUCUGUCUGUCUCUAUUCAAUUCAAAGGGCUUUAUUGACAUGGGAAACAUAUGUUUACAGUUUCAAAUAUUGCUGCUGUGAUGGCACACUGUGGUAUUUCACCCAGUAGAUAAGGGAGUUUAUCAAAAUUGGUUUGUUUUCAAAUUCUUUGUGGGUCUGUGUAAUCUGAGGGAAAUAUGUGUCUCUAAUAUGGUCAUACAUUUGGCAGGAGGUUAGGAAGUGCAGCUCAGUUUCCACCUCAUUUUGUGGGCAGUGUACACAUAGCCUGUCUUCUCUUGAGAGCCAGGUCUGCCUACGGCGGCCUUCUCAAUAGCAAGGCUAUGCUCACUGAGUCUGUACAUAGUCAAAACUUUCCUUAAGUUUGGGUCAGUCAUAGUGGUCAGGUAUUCUGCCACUGUGUACUCUCUGUUUAGGGCCAGAAAGCAUUCUAGUUUACUCUGUUUUUUUGUUAAAUCUUUCCAAUGUGUCAAGUAAUAUAUUUUUGUUUUCUUAUGAUUUGGUUGGGUCUAAUUGUGUUGUUGUCCUGGGGCUCUGUGGGGUCUGUUUGUGUUUGUGAACAGAGCCCCAGGACCAGCUUGCUUAGGGGACUAUUCUCCAAGUUCAUCUCUCUGUAGGUGAUGGCUUUGUUAUGGAAGGUUUGGGAAUCGCUUCCUUUUAUAUGGUUGUAGAAUUUAACGGCUCUUUUCUGGAUUUUGAUAAUUAGCGGGUAUCGGCCUAAUUCUGCUCUCUCUCUCUCUCUCUCUCUGUGUCCCUCUCUCACGCGGUGUGUCUGUCUCUCUGGAUCUCUGUGACAUCGGUCUCUCCUGUCAGGCCAAGGUGACAGCCAACAACGAUAAGAAUCGUACCUACUCCGUGUUCUACAUUCCCAAAGUCACUGGGAUGCACAAGGUGAGCCUGACCUUUAGUCCUUAUUUCUACCCUAAACAAACCCUAAGGUGAUGGUGCUCGUUGUAAUGUUAGGUAACCCUUAACCCUUAACCCAAAACCUUACAUGACCUGCUGUUUGUUAUGACCAGGUGACGGUGCUGUUUGGUAACUGUGUUUUACUAGGUGACGGUGCUGUUUGGUAACUGAGUUUUACUAGGUGACGGUUGCUGUUUGGUAACUGUGUUUACUAGGUGACGGUGCUGUUUGGUAAACUGUGUUUUACUAGGUGACGGUGCUGUUUGGUAACUGUGUUUUUACUAGGUGACGGUUGCUGUUUGGUAACUGUGUUUUACUAGGUGACGGUGCUGUUUGGUACUGUUUUCUAGGUAACGUGCUGUUGUUAACUGGUUUACUAGGUGACGGUGCUGUUUGUACUGUUUUACUAGGUGACGGUGCUGUUUGUAACUGUUUUACUAGUGACGGUGCUGUUUGGUAACUGUUUUACAGGUGCGGUGCUGUUGUAACGUUUUACUAGGUACGUGCUGUUGGUAACUGUGUUUUCUAGGUGACGGUCUGUUUGGUACUUGUUUUAUAGUACGGUGCUUUGGUAACUGUUUUACUGGUGAGUCUGUUUGGUAACUGUUUUACUAGGUGACGGUGCUGUUUGGUAACUGUGUUUUACUAGACGGUGCUGUUGGUAACUGUGUUUCUGGGACGGUGCUGUUUGUACUGUUUUACUAGUGACGGUGCUGUUGGACUGUGUUUUCUUGACGUGCGUUUGGUAACUGUUUUUACUAGGUGACGGUGGGUUUGGUAACUGUGUUUUACUAGGUGAGUGCGGUUUGGUAAUGUGUUUACUAGGGCGGGCUGUUUGGUAACUGUGUUUUACUAUGAGUGCUGUUGGUAACUGUUUUUACUAUGACGGUGCUGUUUGGUAACUGUGUUUUACUAGGUGACGGUGCUGUUUGGUAACAGUGUGUUUUACUAGGUGACGGUGCUGUUUGGUAACAGUGUGUGUUUUACUAGGUGACGGUGCUGUUUGGUAACAGUGUGUGUUUUACUAGGUGACAGUGCUGUUUGAUAACUGUGUUUUACUAGGUAACGGUGCUGUUUGGUAACAGUGUGUGUUUUACUAGGUGACGGUGCUGUUUGGUAACUGUUUUACUAGGUGACGGUGCUGUUUGGUAACUGUGUUUUACUAGGUGACGGUGCUGUUUGGUAACUGUGUUUUACUAGGUGACGGUGCUGUUUGGUAACUGUGUUUUACUAGGUGACGGUGCUGUUUGGUAACUGUGUUUUACUUGGUGACGGUGCUGUUUGGUAACUGCGUUUUACUAGGUGACGGUGCUGUUUGGUAACUGUGUUUUACUUGGUGACGGUGCUGUUUGGUAACUGUGUUUUACUAGGUGACGGUGCUGUUUGGUAACUGUGUUUUACUAGGUGACAGUGCUGUUUGGUAACUGUGUUUUACUUGGUGACGGUGCUGUUUGGUAACUGUUUUACUAGGUGACGGUGCUGUUUGGUAACUGCGUUUUACUAUGUGACGGUGCUGUUUGGUAAUUGUGUGUGUUUUACUAGGUGACGGUGCUGUUUGGUAACUGUUUUACUAGGUGACGGUGCUGUUUGGUAACUGUGUUCUACUAGGUGACGGUGCUGUUUGGUAACUGUUUUACUAGGUGACGGUGCUGUUUGGUAACUGUUUUACUAGGUGACGGUGCUGUUUGGUAACUGAGUUUUACUAGGUGACGGUGCUGUUUGGUAACUGUGUUUUACUAGGUGACGGUGCUGUUUGGUAACAGUGUGUGUUUUACUUGGUGACGGUGCUGUUUGGUAACAGUGUGUGUUUUACUUGGUGACGGUGCGGUUUGGUAACUGUGUUUUACUUGGUGACGGUGCUGUUUGGUAACUGUUUUACUAGGUGAUGGGGCUGUUUGGUAACUGUGUUUUACUAGGUGACGGUGCUGUUUGGUAACUGUGUUUUACUAGGUGACGGUGCUGUUUGGUAACUGAGUUUUACUAGGUGACGGUGCUGUUUGGUAACUGUGUUUUACUAGGUGACGGUGCUGUUUGGUAACAGUGUGUGUUUUACUUGGUGACGGUGCUGUUUGGUAACAGUGUGUGUUUUACUUGGUGACGGUGCGGUUUGGUAACUGUGUUUUACUUGGUGACGGUGCUGUUUGGUAACUGUUUUACUAGGUGAUGGGGCUGUUUGGUAACUGUGUUUUACUAGGUGACGGUGCUGUUUGGUAACUGUGUUUUACUAGGUGAGGGUGCUGUUUGGUAACUGUGUGUUUUACUAGGUGACGGUGCUGUUUGGUAACUGUUUUACUAGGUGACGGUGCUGUUUGGUAACUGUUUUACUAGGUGACGGUGCUGUUUGGUAACUGUUUUACUAGGUGACGGUGCUGUUUGGUAACUGUUUUACUAGGUGACGGUGCUGUUUGGUAACUGUGUUUUACUAGGUGACGGUGCUGUUUGGUAACUGUGUGUGUUUUACUAGGUGACAGUGCUGUUUGGUAACAGUGUGUGUUUUACUAGGUGACGGUGCUGUUUGGUAACUGUGUUUUACUAGGUGACGGUGCUGUUUGGUAACUGUUUUACUAGGUGACGGUGCUGUUUGGUAACUGUGUUUUACUAGGUGACGGUGCUGUUUGGUAACUGUUUUACUAGGUGACGGUGCUGUUUGGUAACUGUUUUACUAGGUGACGGUGCUGUUUGGUAACUGUGUUUUACUAGGUGACGGUGCUGUUUGGUAACAGUGUGUGUUUUACUAGGUGACGGUGCUGUUUGGUAACUGUUUUACUAGGUGACGGUGCUGUUUGGUAACUGUUUUACUAGGUGACAGUGCUGUUUGGUAACUGUUUUACUAGGUGACGGUGCUGUUUGGUAACUGUUUUACUAGGUGACGGUGCUGUUUGGUAACUGUGUUUUACUAGGUGACGGUGCUGUUUGGUAACUGUGUGUUUUACUAGGUGACGGUGCUGUUUGGUAACAGUGUGUGUUUUACUAGGUGACGGUGCUGUUUGGUAACUGUUUUACUAGGUGACGGUGCUGUUUGGUAACUGUUUUACUAGGUGACGGUGCUGUUUGGUAACUGUUUUACUAGGUGACGGUGCUGUUUGGUAACUGUUUUACUAGGUGACGGUGCUGUUUGGUAACUGUUUUACUAGGUGACGGUGCUGUUUGGUAACUGUUUUACUAGGUGACGGUGCUGUUUGGUAACUGUUUUACUAGGUGACGGUGCUGUUUGGUAACUGUUUUACUAGGUGACGGUGCUGUUUGGUAACUGUGUUUUACUAGGUGACGGUGCUGUUUGGUAACUGGUGUUUUACUAGGUGACGGUGCUGUUUGGUAACUGUGUUUUACUAGGUGACGGUGCUGUUUGGUAACUGUGUUUUACUAGGUGACGGUGCUGUUUGGUAACUGUGUUUUACUAGGUGACAGUGCUGUUUGGUAACUGUUUUACUAGGUGACGGUGCUGUUUGGUAACUCUGUGUUUUACUUGGUGACGGUGCUGUUUGGUAACAGUGUGUGUUUUACUAGGUGACGGUGCUGUUUGGUAACAGUGUGUGUUUUACUAGGUGACGGUGCUGUUUGGUAACAGUGUGUGUUUUACUAGGUGACGGUGCUGUUUGGUAACUGUUUUACUAGGUGACGGUGCUGUUUGGUAACUGUUUUACUAGGUGAAGGUGCUGUUUGGUAACUCUGUGUUUUACUUGGUGACGGUGCUGUUUGGUAACUGUGUUUUACUAGGUGACGGUGCUGUUUGGUAACUGUUUUACUAGGUGACGGUGCUGUUUGGUAACUGUUUUACUUGGUGACGUGCUGUUUGGUAACUGUGGUUUUACUAGGUGACGGUGCUGUUUGGUAACUGUUUUACUAGGUGACAGUGCUGUUUGGUAACAGUGUGUGUUUUACUAGGUGACGGUGCUGUUUGGUAACUGUUUUACUAGGUGAAGGUGCUGUUUGGUAACUCUGUGUUUUACUUGGUGACGGUGCUGUUUGGUAACUGUGUUUUACUAGGUGACGGUGCUGUUUGGUAACUGUUUUACUAGGUGACGGUGCUGUUUGGUAACUGUUUUACUUGGUGACGGUGCUGUUUGGUAACUGUGUUUUACUAGGUGACGGUGCUGUUUGGUAACUGUUUUACUAGGUGACAGUGCUGUUUGGUAACAGUGUGUGUUUUACUAGGUGACGGUGCUGUUUGGUAACUGUUUUACUAGGUGACGGUGCUGUUUGGUAACUCUGUGUUUUACUUGGUGACGGUGCUGUUUGGUAACUGUUUUACUAGGUGACGGUGCUGUUUGCGGGUCUACACAUCAAUAAGUCUCCUUAUGAGGUGGAUGUGGGGAUGGCUCAGGGAGACAGCAGUAAGGCUGCAGCCCAGGGACCAGGACUAGAACCUUCCGGGAACAUCGCCAACAAGACCACAUACUUUGACGUCUACACUGCAGGUACAAUCCGUUUUCUGUCUUCACAGCCAUUGAACGCUGAAGCUGUUUUAAAAUCACCAUUGGUCUCUUGCUGAUAUCCUUGAGCAGUUUCCUUCCUCUCUGGCAGCUCCGUUAGGAAGGACGACUGUAUAUUUGUUUUGGUUGUGGUUCAGAUUAUUUUGUGCCCAAUAUAAAUUAAUGGUAAAUAAUGUAUUGUGUCAUUUUGGAGUCACUUUUUUAUUGUAAAUAAGAAUAUAAUAUGUUUCUAAACCCUUCUACAUUGUGGAUGCUACCAUGAUUAUGGAUCAUCCUGAAUUAAUCGUGAACAAUUGAGUGAGAAAGUUAGACACACAAAUAUCAUAACCCCCCAAAAAUGCUAACCUCCCCUGUUAUUGUAAUGGUGAGAGGUUAGCAUGUCUUGGGGGUAUGAUAUAAAAUGCUAACCUCCCCUGUUAUUGUAAUGGUGAGAGGUUAGCAUGUCUUGGGGGUAUGAUAUAAAAUGCUAGCCUCCCCUGUUAUUGUAAUGGCGAGAGGUUAGCAUGUCUUGGGGGUAUGAUAUAAAAUGCUAACCUCCCCUGUUAUUGUAAUGGUGAGAGGUUAGCAUGUCUUUUGGGGUAUGAUAUUAGUGCAUCUGUAACGUUCUCACUCACCAUUAUUCACGAUUCAUUCAGGAUUAUCCGUAACCAUGGUAGCAUCCACAUUCAUGUAGCCGUGUUUAGAAACAUUCUAUUCUUAUUUACAAUAAAAGUGACUCCAAAAUGACACAAUAUGACUGUAAGUCGCUUUGGAUAAAAGCGUCUGCUAAAUGGCAUAUUAUACUUAUUAUUAUACAAUGCAUUUGUACUUUAAUACACAUACAAGUACCUUCAGGCUCUGAUCAGUCCCUACACCCAAACGAGGGCACUGCGUUCAUCCACCUCUGGCCUGCUGGCUCCCCUUCCUCUGCGGAAGCAUAGUUCCCGCUCAGCCCAGUCAAAACUGUUCGCUGCUCUGGCACCCCAAUGGUGGAACAAGCUCCCUCACGACGCCAGGACAGCGGAGUUACUCACCACCUUCCGGAGACAUUUGAAACCCCACCUCUUUAAGGAAUACCUGGGAUAGGAUAAAGUAAUCCUUCUACCCCCCCCCCCACAAAAAAAAUAUAUAUAUAUAUAAAAUAUAUUUAAAAAAAAAAAAAGAUAUUGUAAAGUGGUUAUCCCACUGGCUAUAGGGUGAAUGCACCAAUUUGUAAGUCGCUCUGGAUAAGAGCGUCUGCUAAAUGACGUAAAUGUAAAUGUAAAUGUAAGUAAAUUUGCCGCAGCGGGGGGGGGCAGGGCAGCGCAGCGCUAUGUAAAAGUGCUGUAAUUUCUAAAUGGUUCACCCGAUAUGUAUGAAAAUACCCUCAAAUUAAAGCUGACAGUCUGCACUGUAACCCCAUAGUUAUUGUUUGAUUUCAAUCCAAACUUUUGGAGUAUAGAGUCAAACAAAAGAGUGCUUCACUGUCCCAAUAAUGAUGGAGGGCAUGAUGCUGAAGCUGUCCCUGUCUCCAGGUGCUGGUGUGGGAGAGGUGGAGGUGGUGAUCAUGGACGCAGCGGGUAAGAAGGACGCGGUGGUGUGUCAGAUCGAGGAUAAGGGCAACAGUUCGUACCGCUGCAGCUACAAGCCCACCCUGGAGGGGCCACACACCAUCUACGUUACCUUCGCUGGAGGACAGAUCAGCAAGAGCCCCUUCACUGUCAACAUAGGAGAGGGUGAGAGACAGACAGCGGGAGGGAGAUGAGGAGGCUGAGAGACAGACCUUUGUUUGUUUCAGUUAUUCUGUUCUGGUUCUGUUUCAGUUUUUCUGUUCUGGUUCUGUUUCAGUUUUUCUGUUCUGUUUCAGUUUUUCUGUUCUUGUUCUGUUUCAGUUUUUCUGUUAUUCUGUUCUGUUUCAGUUUUUCUGUUUCAGUUUUUCUGUUAUUCUGUUCUGUUUCAGUUUUUCUGUUAUUCUGUUCUGUUUCAGUUUUUCUGUUAUUCUGUUCUGUUUCAGUUUUUCUGUUAUUCUGUUCUGGUUCUGUUUCAGUUUUUCUGUUAUUCUGUUCUGGUUCUGUUUCAGUUUUUCUGUUCUGGUUCUGUUGGUCUGUUUGACUCUGAGUCACUUCUAUCUUAUCUUUUGUUCUAACUGCUUUGUUCUCUCUCUCUCUCUCUCUCUCUCUCUGGAAGGAUGGAGGGAGCUGGUAUCUCCUCUCUCUCUGGAAGGAUGGAGGGAGCUGGUAUCUCUUCUCUCUCUGGAGCAGCUUGUUCCUUCUACUGUCCUGUCACUUCCUGGGAUCUCUCUUGGGUGCUAGACUCGGUGUGUGUGUCUCAUACUGUUCCUUGUGGCGCAUCCUCUCUCUCAUAGACUGGUGUGUCAUCUCCCUCUAAACCUCCAAACCCAGACUGACCCAGUGUCACCACACACACACACACACACACACACACACACACACACACACACACGGUCGUGACUCAGCAGGUCCUUAUUUAGUUGCUCUCUGUGGCGUUCUCCCCCCCCCCACCCCCCCGGGGUAAAUGUCAUCCAUUCAAACUACAGACUGUGUUAAACUCUAACCCCCCCCCCCCCCCCCCCCCCCCCCCCCCCCAGCGUGUAACCCCAGCCUGGUUCGGGCUAAGGGGCGUGGUCUGCAGCCUAAAGGCCUCCGGGUGAAGGAGACAGCUGACUUCAAAGUCUUCACUAAAGGAGCUGGGACUGGAGAACUCAAAGUCAGCAUCAAGGGCCCCAGUAAGUCAACUACACUACCCAGCAGCCGCUAUGUUCAUAAACUACACUACCCAGCAGCUUCUGUUAAUAAACGACACUACCCAGCAGCCUCUGCUUUAUAAACUACACUACCCAUCCGCCUCUUUUUCAUAAACUAUGCCAACAAGCUUAUUUAUUUAUUCACUCACUCACUCAAUACCGAUCAAAAGUUUUAGAACACCUACUCAUUCAAUGGUUUUUCUUUAUUUUUACUAUUUUCUAGUGGUAGUCCUCUGUAGCUCAGCUGGUAGAGCACGGCGCUUGUAACGCCAGGGUAGUGGGUUCGAUCCCCGGGACCACCCAUACACAAAAAAUUUAUGCACGCAUGACUGUAAGUCGCUUUUGAUAAAAGCGUCUGCUAAAUGGCAUAUUAUUAUUAUUAUAUUAUUAUACAUUGUACAAUAAUCGUGAAGACAUCAAAACUAUGAAAUAACACAUAUGGAAUCAUGUAAUAACGAAAAAAGUGUUAAAGAAAUCAAAAUAUAUUUUAUAUUCUUCAAAUAGCCACCAUUUGCCUUGAUGACAGCUUUGCACACUCUUGGCGUAUGUAAUCUCUUUCACACACACAAGAUAUGGGACUCAAUGGGUGCGUUCGAGUGGAUCCAUUUUGUCUAGUCGGUGACCAUCGUUGGUCACUGCCUUUCAAAGUGUGUUGCAUUAUAUGGAUAAAAAUUGUCCGACUGCAUGAACUUUUCACUGCAUGUUUCUGCAGUUCUUCACCAGCUUCCUACUGCAGCCGUCGCCUGCAUUGUGGGAGGUUCUAUUGUCAACCAAUCAUUAGGGUGUUUCUGUUUGACCCACGCGAACGUGACCAAAGAUGUGACUGAAACGGGAACCAAUUUGCCGCAAUUCACGUGUAGUCAACAGUGAAUAAAUAAAUGUGAUUGAGGCUCUCUCACUAAUUGAUUGAAUAAUGUACACACGAUUUCAGUUUGUGUGUGUGAGAUGGGUGUUGGAGUCAAGUUGAAAAAUGUAUGCACUCACUAACUGUAAGUCGCUCAGGAUAAGAGCGUCUGCUAAAUGACUAAAAUGUAAAUGUACGUUUUGUUUCAACAUUUCUAAAUAACUUUUUAUAAACCAUGAUGAAUGACCAAACUCUGCUGAGACUGGGGGAGGGGAAGGGAGGAGAAAGGGGGCGAAGAGGAGAAAAGGAGGCAGGAAACUGGGAGAGAGAGAGAGAAAAAAAAAAAACAAAAAAGAAGGAAAAAAUGAAAAUACGACUAGAGAUAGAUCUUCCCACCCUUCUAUCUCGUAUCCUUCUCUCUGUCUACUCUCUCUUCUUGUAUCUAUAUCUGUGGCUCUCUCUCUCUCAAAAGAAGAGAAGGGGAGAGAGACGGAGAAAGGGAGCGAGAGCGGAGCACGAGAGAGAGAGAGAGAUGAGAGAGAGAGAGAGGGGGAGAGAGAGGAGAGAGAGAGAGAAGAAAAAAAAAGGAGGGAGAGAGAGAGGAGAGAGAGUAGAGGAUAAAGAUGAGAGGGAUAGAGAGAGAAAAAAAAAAAAGGGAAGAGAGAAGGAGGGAGAGAGACGACGAGAAAAAAGAGAGACAGAGAGCCGAGGGAGAGAGUAGAAAAAAGAGAGAGAGGAAAUCAAAGAAAGGAAAAAACAAAAAGAGAGGGAAAAAGAGAGAGAGAGAGAGGGAGAGAGAGCGAGAGAGAGAGAGAGCGGGAGAGAGAGAAAACGAGCGAGAGAGAGACGGAGAGAGAGAAAAAAGAGAGAGAGGGGAUAAGAGAGAGCAGAAAAAAAAGAAAGAGAGAGAGAAAAAAAAAAGAGAGAGAGAAAAACAAAGGACGGAGACGAGAGAGAGAAGAAAUAAGAGGAGGAGCGGGCAAGAGAAAAGAGAGAGGAGAACAUGAGAGAGAUCCCCUCUCGCUGUCUCUCGCUCUCCCCUCUCUCUCUCUCCCCUCUUUCUCUCUCUUCUCUCACCCUCUCUCUUCUCACCCUCUCUCUCCCCCUCUCUCUCUCACCCUCUCUAUGUCUCUCUCUCUCUCAACAGAGGGUUCUGGGGAGCCUUGUAAGAGAAAAGGGAUUAGGGAGAUGGUGUGUUUGGGUUUGAAUACUACCCCACUCCUGGAACAUACAAUAUUAACAUCACGUGGGGAGGACAACACAUCCCCCGAAGGUAACACACACACACCACACAAACACACACACACACACAACACAGGUAACACACACACACACCCAGGUAACACACACACACCCAGGUAACACACACACCCACCCAGGUAACUAACACACACACACAUCCCCCCCAGGUACAUUUACAUUGUUAACCAGACUGACUUACAGUUAGUGCAUUUAACUAAGUCUAGUACCAUGUAACAGUCAUUGCAAGUAGACUCUUCUUCUAAAUAACUGCCAUCAUCUUUGCAACACGUUAUGUGGGUACACAACAAAAUCAAUAGUCAUGAAUAGAGUGCCUGGUGUAAUGCUGUCAAUGGUCAAUUCCUUUUUGCAGUCCGUGGAUGGUGAGGUGGUUUGGAGGCGGGCAACAGAAGGUGCGAGCCUGGGGGCCCGGCCUGGAGAGCGGCAUUGUGGGUAAAUCUGCCGACUUCGUGGUCGAAGCUGUCGGAGAGAAUGUGGGAACACUGGGUAAGUACAGAGACGCACACAGAGAGAGAGAGACGCACACAGAGGAGCGGAGAAGACGCGCAACAGAGAGGAGGAGGAGAGAGACGCGCACAACAGAGAGAGCGGACGCGCACCAGAGAGGAGAGAGACGCGCACAGAGAGAGAGAGAGAAGAGACGCGCCCACGAGAGAGAGAGACGCGCACAGAGAGAGAGAGACGCGCACAGAGAGAGAGAGACGCGCACAGAGAGAGCGACGCGCACAGAGAGUAGAGACGCGUCACAGAGAGAGAGAGAGACGCGCACAGAGAGAGAGAGACUGCGAACGAGAGAGGAGAUAGGACGCGCACAGAGAGAUAGAGACGCGCACAGAGAGAGAGAGAACGCGCCAGAGGGAGAGAGAGAAGGCGCACAGAGAGAGAGAGACGCGCCACAGAGAGAGAGACGCGCACAGAGAGAGAGAAGCGCACAGAGAGAGGACGGCACAAGAGAGAGAGAGAGACGCACAGAGAGAGAGAGAGACGCGCACAGAGAGAGAGAGACGCGCACAGAGAGAGAGAGACGCGCACAGAGAGAGAGAGACGCGCACAGAGAGAGAGAGACGCGCACAGAGAGAGAGAGACGCGCACAGAGAGAGAGAGACGCGCACAGAGAGAGAGAGGACGCGCACAGAGAGAGGAGACGCGCACAGAGAGAGAGACGCGCACAGAGAGAGAGAGACGCGCACAGAGAGAGAGAGACGCGCACAGAGAGAGGGAGACGCGCACAGAGAGAGGGAGACGCGCACAGAGAGAGGGAGACGCGCACAGAGAGAGGGAGACGCGCACAGAGAGAGGGAGACGCGCACAGAGAGAGGGAGACGCGCACAGAGAGAGGGAGACGCGCACAGAGAGAGGGAGACGCGCACAGAGAGAGGGAGACGCGCACAGAGAGAGGGAGCGGCACAGAGAGAGGGAGACGCGCACAGAGAGAGGAGACGCGCACAGAGAGAGGGAGACGCGCACAGAGAGAGGGAGACGCGCACAGAGAGACACAGAGAGACACAGAGAGACACAGAGAGACACACACACAGAGACAGAGACACACACACACAGAGACAGACACACACACACACAGAGACAGACACACACACACACACACAUACACAGAGACACACACACACAUACACAGAGACACACACACACACAUACACAGAGACACACACACACACAGAGACACAGACACACACGCACACACAGAGACACACACAGAGACAGACACACACAGAGACACAGACACACACAGACACACACACACACACACACACACACACACACACAGAGACAGAAACACACACACACAGAGACACAGAGACACACACACACACACACACACGACACACACACAGAGACACAGACACACACAGAGACACACACACACAGAGACCCUGCGUGUCCUCAUCAGAAGGUGUGUGUCCAGGUUUCUCGGUGGAGGGGCCGUCCCAGGCGAAGAUAGAGUGUGACGAUAAGGGCGACGGGUCAUGUGACGUGCGGUACUGGCCAAUGGAAGCAGGGGAAUAUGCGGUGCAUGUGCUCUGUAACAACGAGGACAUCCAGCACUCUCCCUUCAUGGCUGAAAUCACUGCUGCUCCAAACAAGGACUACUACCCUGAUAAGGUACGUUCAAUCACUGCUGCUCCAAACAAGGACUACUACCCAGUAAGGUACGUUCAAUCACUGCUGCUCCAAACAAGGGACUACACCUGAUAAGGUACGUUCAAUCAUGCUGCUCCAAACAAGGGACUACUACCCUGAUAAGGUACGUUCAAUCACUGCUGCUCCAAACAAGGACUACUACCCUGAUAAGGUACGUUCAAUCACUCGCUCCACAACAAGGACACACCCAUAAGUACGCAAACACUGCUGCUCCAAAACAAGACACACCCAACAGGACAGUCAACACGCGCUCCAAACAAGGACACACUAAGGUACGUUCACACGCGCCAACAGACUACACCUGAACACGUCAACACAACUCCACACACAAGACUACACCGAAAGACGUCACAUCGCAAACAAGGACACACCAUAAGGACCAAUCACUCGCUCAACAAGGACACCCUGAUAAGGUGUUCAUCAGAAGUGGUGUCCAGGUUUUAGGUGUCAGCGCGCCCCCAAAAAGGCGAAUGAUAGAGUGUACGUCAAAUGCGCGAAAAGGGACUCAUGGACGUUCAAUCACUGGCCCAAACAGGGGAAUAUGAAGGUGAAAUGUGCUCUAACAACGAGGACUACCUCCCUCAUGGCUGAAUUCAUGCUGCUCCAAACAAGGACUACUACCCUGAUAAGGUACGUUCAAUCACUGCUGCUCCAAACAAGGACUACUACCCUGAUAAGGUACGUUCAAUCACUGCUGCUCCAAACAAGGACUACUACCCUGAUAAGGUACGUUCAAUCACUGCUGCUCCAAACAAGGACUACUCCCCUGAUAAGGUACGUUCAAUCACUGCUGCUCAAACAAGGACUACUACCUGAUAAGGUACGUUCAAUCACUGCUGCUCCAAACAAGGACUACUACCCUGAUAAGGUACGUUCAAUCACUGCUGCUCCAAACAAGGACUACUACCCUGAUAAGGUACGUUCAAUCACUGCUGCUCCAAACAAGGACUACUACCCUGAUAAGGUACGUUCGAUCACUGCUGCUCCAAACAAGGACUACUACCCUGAUAAGGUACGUUCAAUCACUGCUGCUCCAAACAAGGACUACUACCCUGAUAAGGUACGUUCAAUCACUGCUGCUCCAAACAAGGACUACUACCUGAUAAGGUACGUUCAAUCACUGCUGCUCCAAACAAGGACUACUACCCUGAUAAGGUACGUUCAAUCACUGCUGCUCCAAACAAGGACUACUACCCUGAUAAGGUACGUUCAAUCACUGCUGCUCCAAACAAGGACUACUACCCUGAUAAGGUACGUUCAAUCACUGCUGCUCCAAACAAGGACUACUACCCUGAUAAGGUACGUUCAUCACUGCUGCUCCAAACAAGGACUACUACCCUGAUAAGGUACGUUCAAUCACUGCUGCUCCAAACAAGGACUACUACCUGAUAAGGUACGUUCGAUCACUGCUGCUCCAAACAAGGACUACUACCCUGAUAAGGUACGUUCAAUCACUGCUGCUCCAAACAAGGACUACUACCCUGAUAAGGUACGUUCAAUCACUGCUGCUCCAAACAAGGACUACUACCUGAUAAGGUACGUUCAAUCACUGCUGCUCCAAACAAGGACUACUACCCUGAUAAGGUACGUUCAAUCACUGCUGCUCCAAACAAGGACUACUACCCUGAUAAGGUACGUUCAAUCACUGCUGCUCCAAACAAGGACUACUACCCUGAUAAGGUACGUUCAAUCACUGCUGCUCCAAACUAAUAAGGUAUGUUUGUGAUUUAGAAUAUGAAGAUUACUUAAUAACUUAAGGUUGAAACGUGGUGAUCCCCAGUGUAGCUCCCCUGGGGUUAAGCCUUGCUCGAAGGCACCAGAAACUCUUCAGUGGCUGACUCUCAUCAAGCCAGAUUUUCCCUGUCAAACCCGGGUUUUGAACCGGCAACCCUCCAGUUGCUAACCUGUGUUUGAUGCGCUGGCUUUGCUGUGUACAGGUGAAGGCGUAUGGUCCAGGUCUACAGAGCAGUGGUCUGGCUGUGGGGAAACCGACUGAGUUCACCGUCGACGCCAAGCUGGGAGGGAAAGCGUCUCUCAAGAUCCUGGCACAGGUACGUGGGGAG